AUGAUACCAGAGUCACUAACAGAUUGGGAGAGAGGCGUAACAGACGUCCAGGUGCCACCAGUAGCCGGGGCGUUAAACCGCAAAUGGAGCGCGCGGACAGCUGCGCACGCGCAAGACACUGCCACCGACCAAUCAGCGCCGGUCAACAACAGUACUGAUGCUUGCAAGCUGCUUAUUUACAUUGGCGAUGCCAAAACUCCGAUGUGGCGUCUGAACCUCUGCGGAGGUAACGCUGCAGCGGUGGCAGCGAGGGCUGGUACCAAGCUGCUGCCCUCCAAAUUGAGGAUCGUGUGGAACCCCCCUACCUCCCCUUACCAACACACCGAGAAGUUGCGGCUGGUGGUCACUGCUGUUAAUAGUGGUUCCAUUUGCAACAACGAUUCCCAAUUCAUAUGCGGUGUGACCAGCCUCUGUAUAUCCUCAUACCUCGUCUGUGAUGGAGUCAGGCACUGCCCCGGCGGAGAGGAUGAAGACCCAUCAGCCUGCUCACAUAGACAUGAUCCUCCACUCCUCGAACUCCUCAGAAGAUUUGCUGCAAGAAACCAGGAGUUGUUGGGGUUGGACCAGCCUGAUGGAAUGACGAAACCUUCUGUUAUAAUGAAGAUCAGUGAGAGUGAGAAGCCGUCGAACGCUUUCAUGGAGUUCGCAGCUGCACUGAAGCCGUACGGACCUUGGAGCUACCUGGUGGUCGGCAUGUUGGUCUGUGCUACUAUACUCAUGUUCUGCCUGGCUUGGGAGUGUUGCUGCAAGCGCUCCAAGCCGUCAGACACGCCAGUCAACAUACCGCCAUCUUGUAUCGAUCUCUCGCCAACUGUCACAGUGACAGCCGCAUCACAGCAACUCUUCACCCAACCCCUUCCUCCAUCACCCCCUGAAUACGAACCACCCCCAUCCUAUUCCUCGUUAUUCCCUCGAGCCUUCAAAUCAUCCCCUACGCCAGUACCGCACUGCUCACACCAAGAACCUCCGGAUUGAAUUCACAAACUCAGUUCUAGUAGCUCUUAAGUAGAUUAUUACAAUUCUCUAGUAUUAAGAAUAGUGGUGAAAAGACAGUGUUUGACACAGAAAUGUAAUUUAAAUUAAGCAAAAAUGUUAUUGGUUUGCUGAGGGACUGAUGAAUUGUGAUUGGUUGUGAAAAUAGAACUGUUUUGAAAAUAACCGUUGCCUUUCUAGCAUUAUGGGUUUUUUGAUAAAAUUCUUUUGCAUAGUUACCAGUUUCAGUUGCCAUUUGAUUCAGAUCUUACGUCGGUCUCCCUAGAUCGGUGCCAGAAAGAUACCUAGGCACUUCCAAUCAUCAUUUACCAGUCUUUCUAAAGCAAGUGAUCUAAGCAACCAAGAAAAUUGGACUGACUUGGUUGUCGUACCUACUAAAAACAAUGACCUACCAAUACCUACCAUUCAUACAAACUUGAUUACAACAUGACGUAUUAUCAUAAAAAUGAUGACUCAUAUAUACAGCUUUACUUUUUUUAAAUCUACAUUGAAUUUUAACAAGAUUUAUUUACAAUCAAUCAAUUUGUAUAUCUAUUACUACAAACGUAAAGCCUUGUUCGCCCUGCUCUAGUAUUUUAGUCGAGCAGCGAGUGUUUAGUAUAUCCCUCUCGCUUCUGUCCCAAAAUCGAAGCGAGAGAGUUGCUAAAUACUCGCUACUUAACUAAAAUACUGCGAACAAGGCAUAAGAGACAACAGGCAUAGAACAUAGAGUUCAAAAUUGAAUAUAAACCUAAACCGUAAACAAGGCUUGUUAAAAUGUUCUUUAUGUGAUUUUAUGUGGAGUGUACACAACUACCAAUGAAUAAACACAUUUGGAAUUAUAGGUUGACGCAUUUCUAUAGGUUUUAUGAGUAACGAGAUCGUUCCUUAGCAGUCAAUAAUUCCAAAUGUAACUCUUUAUACUCAGUAAAUAAAGGUCAAUUUGGCAUGUAAUUAAUUUAUAGUCAUAACCUAUUUGCCUGUUUAAAGCUAACAGGAUAACUAAUUGUUUCUAACAAACAGUGAAGAAGCUCUUGAGAAUGAUUACAAACAACAUUUCAAAGAAAAUAUUCAUUAUAGACUUUCUAUUUGACGAGUGAGGAAUGAAAUAGACAAAAAACGUUAGGGACGUCUUUUCUUUGAAAUUUGAGUUCGAAUAUUUUCGAGGUGUUUGAAUUUAGAACUACGAUUGACACUUUCUCUUUCUUUCUGUCUAACUAAAACUUGUCUAUUACCUGUGCGUUGAGCGUACUACGUAACCUAGGUCCUAGUAAAUUAUUUGGGACAAAGUAAAUACGGUGUGAAUUAAUUUAUGACUAGUCUAAAAAAUUAAAUACACAAAAUUGACCUUCUGUUUACUAAAAAUCUUAAAAUCAUAGGUUUAAUCAAUGGGUUUAAUACCAAUGAACAGACACUAUCAUAGGAUAUUAAUAGAUAUUUUAUAAUUUCAAUUUUAUUAAUGUGUUAAAAGUACAGACGGUAGCUAAGACAAAAGCCAUGUAGUUACAAGUACAAUAGGUUAUUAUUGCGUAUUUUAAUAUAUUUUUCACGUUAUUACACAUAAGGUUGGCAUUAUAUUAAUAUUACUACAUUAUUGUUAUUAAAAUCUAAUAGUUUUGGGACCAAAUACCUUUAUGAGAUUUACUCAUUAACUUCACAAGUUAAGAAAAAGAAAUGUGGUGCACCUGAAUAAAAGUGCCUUGGAGUAUCUGUAUACAUUUAUAAAAAAAAAAAACUUUUGUGUAUUUGAAAAAUUGGCGGGAAUGAUGACAUUUGCGCAGUGUGCAAUUUUUUUAUCUGUGUUACUGUUAUUUUAUUCAUAAAAGCAGUAGUAUUAUGUAUUUUGUGAAAUGAUAGAUUGUGUUUAACACGACUUAAUAAAUUGGUAAACAGUU